ACACAGACAGACAGACAGAGAGAGAGAGAGAGAGAGAGAGAGAGAGAGAGAGAGAGAGAGAGAGAGAGGGCAGAGCAGAGCGGAUAGACAGCCGGCCGAAGAGAGAGAGGGAGGGAGGAGGAGAGCUGAAGGCGUGCGCAUGGCAGGAGGAGAGCAUGGAGCUGGAGCCAAUGGCCUGCAAGACCAGGACCUCACCGGAGCUUUGGAGGAAGGAAGAGGAGGAGUGAAUCAAAAUCAAGCAGGGUGCGAGAAUCCAGAGCAAGCUCUGAGCAGCACCAGCAAUAAUCAGCCCAUGCUCUCCGUCCAGUUCGUGCAGAAGAUCCUGGCCGAGAUCUUCGGGACCUACUUCCUCAUCUUCGCCGGCUGCGCGGCGGUGGCCGUGAACAAGAGGACGGCCGGCACGGUGACGUUCCCGGGCAUCUGCAUCACCUGGGGCCUGGCCGUCAUGGUCAUGGUCUACUCCGUCGGCCACAUCUCCGGGGCGCACUUCAACCCCGCCGUCACCUUUGCCUUCGCCACCUGCGGCCGCUUCCCGUGGAGGCAGGUGCCGGCCUACGCGGCGGCUCAGGUCCUCGGGUCGACGGCGGCCAGCAUCACGCUGCGGCUGCUGUUCGGCGGCGAGCCGGAGCACUUCUUCGGGACGGUGCCGUCCGGGUCGGACGUGCAGUCGCUGGUGCUCGAGUUCAUCAUCACCUUCUACCUCAUGUUCGUCGUCUCCGGAGUCGCCACCGACAACAGAGCCAUUGGUGAGCUCGCCGGUCUGGCCGUUGGAGCUACCGUGCUACUAAACGUGCUCUUUGCCGGGCCUAUAUCUGGAGCAUCCAUGAACCCUGCAAGAACCAUCGGUCCGGCGAUGGUCCUCGGCCGCUACACCGGCAUCUGGGUAUACAUCAUCGGGCCUGUUAGCGGCGCCGUUUCUGGCGCGUGGGCUUACAACCUCAUCCGGUUUACCAAUAAGCCACUGCGAGAGAUCACCAGGACCGGGUCCUUCUUGCGAAGUGCGAGGAUGAGCUAGCUGCUUUCACAUUGUUGUUGCUUGUGGGUAGUGAGUGUUGAUGAAAUGUUGUUGUAAUUCUCUGACCGCACUGUAAAUUUAUUGGCUUUUCUCAUCAUCUCAUUUCACUAGUAAAGGAUUGGGUCACCUAAUUCUAGCUGUGGUGAUUUUCUCUCUCAAGAGUCAAGAAAGCAAUGGUCACGCCUGUAAUUGACUUGUGUUUCUUUUAGGUUUUGAACGAUCCAUUCAGAGAACUACCGGCAUUAGUCGGCAUACCUAAAUAUUUUUCUUGAAGAGAUUCA